AAUCGGCUCAAGUUCUGCUCAAGUUCCGUAGCUUGGCGCGGUGGUUGGUCGGUGGCCGUGCCAUGCGCAACACUGGCAGCCAAGAAGUUCUGACCCCGGAAACUGUGGGCCCAGCACUUCUGGAAGAUGUCCGCGACGUCGAAGUGAUCGAUGUGCACACGCACUUAUUGCCACCGUCUCAUGGAAAGUUGAUGUUGUGGGGUAUUGAUGAAUUGCUAACUUACCACUACUUGGUGCAACUUACUUGCAUAGUGUGGUUUCUCAAUGUUCUGAAUGUUGUGUCGAAAUGGAGCAGCGCGAGAGAUCCUUUUGGCAAAUAAGGUCUGAAUAUUUCAUGGUUGCGCCAGCAGAGAUCACGCACGAACUUUUCUUCGCCAAGACCAAACUAGAGCAAUCUGACCUUGUUUGGCAGGGGCUGUUUGUGGAGCGCUCGCCCAUUUCGGAGGCUUGCCAAGGGGUGAUUACGACUUUGCAGAGGUUAGGCUUGGAGAGGCAAGUUGCAGACAGAGAUUUGAGAGGCAUCCGAGCCUGGUUCGCUCAACAAUCCCUGGACGAGCACGUGGAGAAUAUCUUUCGCCUUGCCAAAGUGCGGUACGCUGUCAUGACGAACAUCCCUUACGUAGAGGAGGAGGCCCAGCACUGGCAACCAGAAGCGAAACCUGUGACGUCCCGCUUGCGCAAGGCUUUGCGAAUUGACAACUUUUUGAAGGGCGACUGGGCAUCCAUUUGCGAAGCCUUGAAGAAGGAAGGCUUGGAUGAGACCAUGGAUGGCGCCAAGGAAUACCUCAGAAAGUGGGCUGGCAUCUACAAGCCUGAGUACAUGAUGGCAUCAACGCCGCAUGACUGGAGAUAUCCGGAGCCAGCAGCAGCUGCUAGCAUGAAGCCUCUGGUGAAGGCCUACGCAGGCUUUGGUGCAUCAGAGCUUUUAGAGGAAGCGGUGGUGCCAGUUUGCGAGGAGCUAUCAUUGCCAAUUGCGCUGAAAUUGGGCGCGUGGCGUGGGAUGUCUCCUGAUUUGGAUCCCUGCUGUGGUGGGGAUGGCGUUGCCAGCGCAGAUGUGGCCUCCCUUCAGGCCUUGUGCGCCAAAUUUCCAAAGGUUAAGUUCUUGGUGACCGUUUUGAGCCGCGCCAAUCAGCAUGAGCUCACAGUGGUCUGCCAGAAGACCCGGAACUUGCACCUCUAUGGCUGCUGGUGGUACUGCAACAAUCCAUCCAUUAUUGAGGAGCUGACCAAAAUGCGAACAGAGAUGCUGGGAACUGCAUACACCGCCCAGCAUAGUGACUGCCGGGUAUUGGAGCAACUGCUCUACAAAUGGGACCACUCUCGGCAGAUCAUCGGAGAAGCCCUGGUGCCCUACUAUCAGCGCCUUCUGAGGAAAGGCUGGCGCCUCACUCGAGAGGAGCUCAGACGCGACUUGCAGCUGCUGCUGGGCGGCUCCUACGAGGCAUUCAUGGCCCGGUGAGCUGCAAGAGGUUGCGGAGGCCUUGAAAAGCUGACAUGCGCAAGUGAAAGGAUCAAAGCAUCGACCCAAGUGUGAUUUUCAGAAAGGUUUGAUGAGAUUCACCUGCGAGUUGUUCA